UUGGGAUUAUAUUUAUGGAUUUAAUUUUCGUUAGGCAAAAAACGAACAAAUUAAAUUUCGGAAAAGAAUAAAAAAGAGGUUAAGGGGCAAAGGAAACAUAUCCAUCUAAUCACCGAAUGCAGAGUUCUUAGUUCUAUCGGUCCAAGGAUCAUCUGGCUUUCUGAUUCUCCACCCGCCUCCUCCCUCGCUCGCUCGCUCGCAGUCUCCACCUCUUGCUCUUUGUUGCGAAGUCUCUUAUAUUAGGCUUCUUUUCCUUUUUCCGAACCCGUUGCGAUCUUUUCUUUGUCCUUCCUCUUCUUCACCUCAAUAAUAAGCGGGUGUAUAUAAUUGGGUUGUUUGACCUGGUCUGGGUGUCUUGGCGUAGGGUUCCUGAGAUUCAAGAAUGCCUCUCAGUUUCUCUAAUAGGUACGCGGAUAUGAAUUGUGAGGGUCCACGCGAUUCUUGGAGUUGCUGGGGUUUGAAUUCUGAGUUGGAGGGUUCUGAUUGCAGCGAAAUGGGCAAGGCUGAAUUGGGCGGCUAUGGCGAAUCGGUGGUGGCUGAUGACGUUAUCGAUAAGUUGCCUAGUGAUCCAUUUGGAAUGGAUAUAAGGUCUACGAUUACGAUCACGGGUUGGUUUAAAAAUUGGGGGGAGGAAUCUGAUUCAGGUUGUGAUGGUUUUGGGAUUGAUGAAGCGGAAAAUGAGAGUGCUGAUCCUCAUGGACUAUUUGCAGGGUUAAAUUGGGUUUGGAAUGGUUCCAUGAAGUUUGCACCUGAUUCUGGUAACAUGAAAUUAGGCGGAAUUUCAAUUCCUUGUGAUGGGUUUGAUGGACUUGGGGUUGAGACUGAAUUUCUUGAUGAUGCUUUUGGACUGGAUGGAAAUGUGGAGGAUUUUAUGAGUGUCAGCCGUUUUGGAAAUUGGGCUGUGAGCAAAGGAGCUCGGGAGUUGAGGGAUUGCGGGAAAACUUGUUUUGAUGACGGUGAAGGAGGUGCACCCCACGAUGCCAUGUUUUUUGCUUUGAGCUAUCUGGGUGUGCAGGACCUUCUCAAUGUAGAAAGGGUUUGCAAAUCUUUGCGCGAUACGGUUAGAAAUGAUCAUCUUCUAUGGAGAACUAUUCACAUUGAUCAGCCGUUGAGUGAGAAGAUCACGGAUGAUGCUCUUCUGAAGUUGGCUAACAGGGCACAAGGUACCCUUCAGUGCUUGAACCUAGUGGAGUGCAUAAGAAUAACAGAUAGUGGUUUGAAGCACGUACUUGAAACCAAUCCAAGACUGACAAAGCUAAGCGUCCCAGGAUGUGUCAGACUUAGUGUUGAUGGCUUAUUGGAUAACUUAAGGGCCUUCAAGUCUGUUGGCUUGCCCGGAAUAAAGCACUUAAGAAUCGGGGGCAUCCACAGUAUAAUGGACAAACAGUUUGAAGAAUUGCAGUUGUUGCUGAAUGCAGAUAAGCAUAUGCAGCUGAGUGCCCGCCGACCACGGAUUUAUCAUGGGGGGAAGUCGUAUCUCUCUUCUGAUGAUGAUUGUGCCAUCGAUGUUGAGGUCUGCCCCAGGUGCCAGAAGUUUAGACUAGUUUAUGAUUGUCCAGCAGAGAAUUGUCAGGGGAAACAUCAGACUGCCCAGUUGUGCAGGGGUUGCAUACUCUGCAUAGCACGCUGUAUCAAUUGUGGGCGCUGCAUUAAGGACCGUGAUUAUGAGGAAACAUUUUGUCUAGACUCCCUUUGUUUGGAUUGUUGGAAGCAGCUCCCUAAUGGCCAAGAUAGGCCAGGUGAAAAAGGUGCACCAUCUUUCAUCGAGAGACCUGGUACCAGUUUUGCUUCUGUGGCAGAUAGGGAAGAUAUUGUGCAUCGCCAUUGGAUGUAGGUUUUGUGGUAGAAUCACAUCGUUUGGCUGGCUGCCCAGAUGAAUAAUGCAAAUGCCACUUGCAUAGAUGGUAGGAGUGGGAACUCCUGUAAUCGUGAAGAAUAUGCAGCUUGUGAAGACAGUGGAAGUGUACCACUAGCAGACCUCUAACAGCGUAGUUGGUGCCUUGUCGCUGCCUUGAUAUAGGAUGUUCAAGGAGGAGAAGAAUAAAAUAAAGAAAAAAAAAAUGAAGAAAACGAAUUGAAUGAAAGAAGGGAACUGGCGGCCGCCCGCCCGGUGGGGGUGAAGAAGAAAUAAAAGGGAAUGCUGGUCAAAUAAAAAUAGGCUUUUGAUUUAUAAUUUUUUGUGUCGAGUAAGGAUUAUCUAAUGCUUCUCUGGCUCCUGGCGUUACUAUUUGUGUUCUUUGAGGACGAAGAAGAAGAAACAAAGAGGAAUGCUGGUCAAAUAAAAAUAGGCUUUUGAUUAAUAAUUUUGUGUCAAGUAAGGAUGAUCUCAUGCUUCGGUGGUUCUUGUCUGUAUGCUUUGUGUUCUUUGAUGACACUGAAGAAUUCAAUUUGUACGCGUAACUGUGGAAGUUUGGUAGCAUCUGCUUCUGGUAAUGUUUGCUGAAGACCACUCUUGUCAUAAAAGUUGGGAUUUUUUCAAUCGAUGCAGAUAAGGAGAAAUCAUACUAAAGCAGAGAGUGCUGGAGGUAUUAUGACACUUGUGUUUUGUGUCAGCUCUGUGACACCUUGCUUUACAUAGGCAGCUGUUGCACCUUGACUGAUCUAUUAUUUUUCAUGGGAUCUGUUGCAAAGCUGUUCCGUUUCAAGUAACCUAUAGGUUUAGCAUUCCCAUUUGUCUCCUGG